AUGAGUACGAGUUUGAGUAUCGCUAAAUUAGCGAAGAUUGUGCGCGGCAGAACUAUGACACUGAUGCAUGAACUGACUGAAACAUACAGACCGGCUGCCAGCGUCCAAAAGGAGAGACUUAUGGAGUUGAUUAAAGAAAAAGCCGAAGCAGCAACCAAAUCUGAACUUGCAAAGAAACUGCGGCCCUUGAAAGGAUUUUAUACUUUGGAGAUGGCUCCACCCCGCAUGGCUGAAAUGGAUAAACUGCAAGCAGACAUAGCCUUAGCAAAGGAAUUCUUCAAAAACAAGUGCUAUUACUACAUUACCGUAAGGCAGGCGUGGUUGCUAUUCCUGGUCUGUACCGAGGUAUUCUUGUGGUUCUUCCUGGGAGAAACUAUUGGGAAGUUCCACAUAGUCGGAUACUUGGUGUAGUAAUGAUCUUUUUUAAUACCUAUUAUAUUAUAC